CCUCGCUUCCAUGACUGGAAGAAAUUCUACUUUGUUCAUCAUUGGCCAGUGACUGUGUGUAAGAUGAGUGAGAAUGAUUGCGACAGUCCUCCCAUGUAUUGGACAAUCCAUGGCCUCUGGACUGAUAAAGCAGAAGAUUGUAAUAAAACCUGGCACUUCAAUUUAACGGAAAUUAAGGAUCUCUUGGUAGGCAUGAGGCAAUACUGGCCAGACGUGCUUCAUACAAACCGUACCAAGUUCUGGAAGCAUGAGUGGGACAAACAUGGGACUUGUGCCGCCACACUGGAAUCUCUUAAUUCCCAGAAAAAGUACUUCAGUAAAGCACUGGAACUGUAUGGAAAACUUGACCUCAACAGUUAUCUCUUGAAACUGGGAAUAAAGCCAGGCGAUACCUACUACCAGCUGGGAGCCAUCAAAGAAGCUCUUACAAGUGUUUAUAACGUAACACCAAAGAUCCAGUGCCUUUCUCCAGAAAAGGGUGAAGAAGUACAAACGAUUGGCCAGAUCAAAUUCUGCUUCACUAAGGAUUUUACCUUGAGAAACUGUACCGAGUCAAAGGUUGAUUCCUAUUCUGCGCAUGAAAAUAUGCUCUUUGGUACUGAAGAUCUGUCUAUCUGCAAUGACACCUUGACAAAUUACCCUUCACAUGUGCAACUUUACGAGUGAAGC